AAUUAGCAUAUCAUUCUUCUUUCUUCUCUAUUAGCAUUUGAGAUUAAAGGUUCCUUUGACCGAUUGCUUUGCGACGCAAGGAAGCAGAAAAAAUGAGAAAUCUUCAUUUCAUCAUCUUAGUACUGUUGAGCAUCUCGACCUCCAUACAUUAUGUAGUUGUUACUUCUUUGCAUGUGAAGUAUCUUCCUGGUUUUGAAGGUCCUCUUCCUUUCGCGCUCGAGACAGGGUAUGUGAGUGUUGGUGAAUCUGAGGAUGUUGAGCUCUUUUACUACUUUGUAAAAUCAGAGAGAAAUCCAAAGAAAGAUCCUCUCAUGAUUUGGCUCACUGGUGGGCCUGGAUGCAGCUCCCUUUCUGCGUUGCUCUUUGCAAACGGUCCUUUAGCUUUUAAAAAGGAUGAGUAUAAUGGGACACUGCCUCCUCUGGAGCUAGCAUCUUUUUCUUGGACAAAGGUAGCUAACAUUUUAUUAUUGGAAUCUCCUGUUGGCACUGGAUAUUCUUAUGCGAAAACUCCGCUUGCUUCUGAGGCGAGCGACACCAAACAAUUUCAUCAAAUCGACCAAUUCCUUAGAAGAUGGUUGGUGGAUCACCCUGAGUUUAUAUCGAGUCCAUUUUACGUUGGUGGAGAUUCAUAUGCUGGGCACAUUGUUCCAGGAGUUGUGCAUCAGAUUUCACUUGGAAAUGAGAAAGGUCUCACACCAUUCAUAAGUCUUCAGGGCUAUGUUCUUGGAAACCCUGUGACAAACCUAAAAGUUGAAACUAAUCACAGAGUUUCAUUUGCUCAUGCGAUGGGACUAAUUUCGCAUGAGCUCUUUGAGUCUCUUGAAAAAAGUUGUGGAGGAAACUACAUGGAUGUACACCCGAGUAAUGCAAAAUGCGUAAAAGAACUUCAAACUUAUAAAAAUUGUAUCUCGGAGAUAUACACAGAGCAGAUUUUGUUACCAAAUUGCCCAGUAGAUUACGUACCACAAAAACUACAAUUCUUACCAAACAUCAAAACCGGUAGAAGAAGAGAACUGAAGGAGUUUUCAGGAUAUGAUACACCAUCAUUGCCUCCUCCUAGCUGCUUUACUUAUGGUCAAUUUCUGGCUUCCUUUUGGGCAAACGAUGAAAAUGUACGCAGAGCUCUAGGAGUGAAAAAGGAGUUAGGAAAAUGGACCCGAUGCAACUUCCAAAACAUUCCAUAUACAUAUGAUAUUGAUAGUCCCAUUCCAUAUCACGUGAACAACAGUCGUAAAGGCUUCCGCUCUCUCAUAUAUAGUGGUGAUCACGAUAUGGGAAUACCUUUCUCUUCAACGGAAGCAUGGGUCAAAGGUCUCAACUAUUCCAUUGUUGAAGACUGGAGACCUUGGAUGAUGAGUAGCUAUCAAGUCGGUGGAUAUACAAGGACUUACGCAAAUAAGAUGACAUUUGCAACCAUCAAGGGAGGAGGACACACCUGUGCUUAUAGUCCAGAUCAGUGCUCACCUAUGUUCAACAGAUGGAUUGAUGGAGAACCUCUCUGAAGUUUCUCACUGAUCACGCCUCUCUCUCGAAAGUUUGAUUCAUGAGUUGUUGCUUUAGUUCUAACUGAAAUUAUAAUCCACUGAGUUACAAUUUUUGUCACGUCCAGGUGUUAUUGCGUUGUUGCAUUCUAAAAAUAAAAAGAAGCUCUAGCUCCACUGCGGAGUCAGAGGACCUAUUAUCAUGUUC